GUCAGUAUAAAUUGUGACUUGAAGCCGAGAUGAUCUUUCGAAAAGUGAGCCAGUCGCCUAGUUUGAGACUCCCCUGCCGUUUUCGUGGUGUGACGGGCCAGAGGCCAAGUGUACGGCUGAAAAAGUGCGAGAAAUCGUGAUCCCACAUCGGACGGUAUCCACGGGCGCGAGAGAGAAUCGCCACCGUGGCGUGGAAAAUUGGGAAAAAACGAUGGGAAUAUGAGGCAGAAAAUAGAGUCUCACAAUGAAAGUCUUCCGUGACCUAGAGAAAAGUUCAGUUUUCAUCAAUAAUUCAUCGGAUAUUUAGAGCCACUGGAUCUGUCGCUCAGCACGAGACUCGCGGCAGCAAAGUGAAAGAGGAAGCAAUACCAACAGAGGAUGACUUCACGACUCGAUCGGCUUUUCAUCCUGCUGGAGUCGGGCUCAUCGGCGGUGACUCGACGGACGGCGGCUAAGCAGAUUGGUGAGGUGCAGCGCUUGCAUCCUCAUGAGCUGCACAAUCUCUUGAAUCGUGUCAUUGCGUACAUGCACAAUUCAUCGUGGGAUACGAGAAUUGCUGCUGCGCAAACUGUGGAGGCAAUCCUAAACAAUGUGCCGCAAUUUCUACCUGUAUCAGGAGUCAAUCAAGUGGAGGCAACGAAGGACGAAAAACCACCGGCUACACAGCUGCAGUUCGCCACAUUUGAUCUGGUCAAUAUGUUGCUGACCAGUGGACGCCUAAUGGGAUCGGAGGGGAAUGAGUUUGAUUUUCAAGAUGACAUAGAGCGCAACAGCAAGGAACGACUCAUGAUGCAGCGUGAAAUUAUAAGGGAGAAGCUGGGCUUUGCCAAGGGUGACCAAUUUGGUAUUGCACUGGAAGAGUUGGUCACGCUGGAUGACGUAAGAUUGGAAGCGAGCACAAGUGAAUCAAGAGCAAGACUGACUCCAUUGGAGGAUGGGAACAACAUGACUGACACUGCUACAUCUAGUCUCAGCUGUCGAGAGAAGAAUAGGGCUAAGCGAAAGGCCAGACAGGGAUUUCUAGCUGGAACAUACAAUCGCAGCAACUCGACAAACGGCGGUGGAUCUCUCGAUGUGCCCGGCGAGCCGCCGGAGAAGAAGAAGAAGAUUAAGGAUAAUUUAGUCGAGAAUCCCAUUAACUACAGUUAUGGUCCUGUGCCGGAUGGCACUGGCUCUUGGGGUGAUGCCACAGCAUGGCCAUUUGAGGCAUUCUGCACCAAACUCUAUAGUGAUCUGUUCAAUCCACGCUGGGAGACUCGUCAUGGAGCCGCGACUGCUCUUCGGGAACUGUUCAAGGCGCAUUCGGAGAGUGCUGGCAAGAUUUGUGGCAUGAGUGUGCAGGAAAUGGAGAACAGUCACACGAGGUGGCUUGAGGAUGCGGUGUUGCGUCUCUUAUGUGUUUUGGCGCUGGAUCGUUUUGGUGAUUUUGUCUCUGAUCAGGUGAUUGCACCAGUGAGAGAGACAUGUGCCCAAGUUUUGGGUACUCUGCUGAAGCAAAUGCCCGAGGAGAAGAUAAAUUCCACAGUGGAAAUACUCUUGAGGAUGAUUAAGCACGAAGAGUGGGAGGUGAGACAUGGAGGCCUGUUGGGAAUCAAAUAUCUCCUUGUUGUGCGUGAAGAUCUACUACAGAACAUUCUGCCGGCGCUGAUAAAUGACAUCCUGAUGGGAUUAUUUGAUCAAGAAGAUGACGUUGGAGCUGUGGCAGCGGCUACGCUCAUCCCCAUAGCGUCAUGGCUACCGAAACUACUUAAGCCAAUGGAGGUGUCGCGAAUUGUGAAGAUGCUGUGGGAUCUGCUGUUGGAUCAGGACGAACUCACGAGUGCCAGCAACAGCUUCAUGGGUCUCCUUGCGGCAAUUCUGAGUCUUCCCAAUGCCUCUAACUGGAUCCAAAUGGAGUCAAUGUCUGUCCUCGUGCCGCGUUUGUGGCCUUUUCUGAGUCACAGUUCCAGUUCUGUACGUCGCUCCACGCUGCUGACAAUGAAGACGCUCACGCAAGUGGUGACAGUGAGUGAGGAUGCAGUGUUGUCAGCGGAUGGGAGUGGAAAGGAGGAAAGCCCAGCAGCUGAAGCAUUGGUGUUGAACAUUGGGGUGAAAAACUGGGAUUGGACAUUGCUUCAGGAGGCACUUCGGCAUAUCUUUCAGAGAGUACUCAUUGAGCAUGUGGAGGAUGUUCAGAGUCUGGCGGAGAUGGUGUGGGAGAAUUUGGUGUUGAAUUCAGAUCUCUCAGCACUAUUGCAUGCCACAUGUCCUUUUGUGGCCUCUUGGCUAUGUUUGGCCAUGCAACCAAUGCGUCUGGCAUUUGAUCCGGCCAGUUUGAUCUACGUGAGAGUGUCAGGAAUGCGUGAGAAGAAGGGAAAUCGUAGCAAUUUAGUUGACACCACAGAAUCUGUUAUGAAUUUGCAGCAGAAAGUUUAUUUGGGUGGAACUGAAACUGUUCCUCAAGAUGUGAGAGAGAAGAAUGUCGAUCGAGCACGUUACAAAGCAUGUCGUAUGUUGGGAUUAUUGUCGAAAUUUCUGGUUCUUCCAGCACCGGGAAUUGCAUACACAGAAGAUAUAGAAAGUCCUGUGAAUUGCUAUGCAAAAGUGCUCCUGGGACACUUGUCAUCCAGAUCGGCACUCCAGAGAUCUAUCAGUGCCAUGGUGAUUAGCUUCUGGGCCCUUGAAGAUUCCACAAUUCGCCCUGGGCCGGAGAUGUUACGUGAAAGGCUGAAAUUGUGCCUCAAUGAAUGCAUCUAUUAUGAUGAAGUGGGAAUUCUAUUCACACGCCUACUGCAGGAUUCCAGAGAUUUCCUGGCUACACUAAAGCAAUAUAAAGUGCCCCUUGUGGAGUAUGAAGGUAUGAAAGUGCUGACAUUGGAGCAAAUUCAAGCUCUGGCCACGACUGUGACUGAGAAUUUGAGGCAGAAGCACAAUUUGAAGCCCAAAGUGGCCGAUAUGGUUGAGAGUCGGCGAAAGGGAUUACAAGUAUCGUGCAGUCAAACAAGUACAGAGCAGAAUAUCUUCAAUAUUGCCACUCAAGCUGCUCUGGCUGGUGCUGUGGUCUGUCUCAACUGUCUUCCUGAGCGCUUGAAUCCCGUGAUUAAACCAAUAAUGGAGUCUCUGAAGCGGGAAGAAGUGGAGAUAAUGCAGCAACUUUCGUCACAGUAUCUUGUACGAUUAUUGGAACAGAUUAUUGAGAGAAAUCCAUGUCCGAACAAUAAGAUAAUCACAAAUUUGGGUGCACUUCUGAAGACUGACACAGACUUUACGCCCAAGAUAGUGAUCCCGCCGGAAUCAUAUGAACAGAAUCGUUCUGCUGAUGAAUAUCAUGGGAUAUUGACGUUGUCUAAUCAAGAGAAGGCACUCAUUGUGCAAAAUGGACAGGCAACUCGUGGUCCUGGAAGACCGCCAGCAGUUUCUGAGGUCACACUUGAGGAGAUGCGUGAAGCUGAGGAUCCACAGAAGAAGAUUAAUCGUGUUCAGAGAAUUGGUGCAACAUUUGCAAUUGCAGAAAUUUGUCGACAUUUUGGGGUACAAUUGAAGGAGAAAACACCCCGCAUUUGGGAACUCAUGACGGAUUUUAUGCGAGAAAAAUUGACCAAAGAAUCAACGCCACUGUGGCUCACUAUGAGAUUGUUGGAGGAGCAGAUGAGUGAAUUGAUGACUGCUUUGCAGAUUACCGAGGUGGCUUUUCCCAAUCUACACAUGAGUCUCCAGGAGCAGCUUUUCGAUCUUCUCCUGCCAAAGAUGUCUCUUCUCAUUGGACACCCCUUGAAAGCGAUUAGGCAUAUGGUAGCGCGCUGCCUGGCCAUUUUCGCAUCAGUCAACUCCGCCAAAGUGAUGGGAUUGCUCAUGGAGACCGUGAUCCCCCUACUCAAUGCCAUAGAGAGUGUGAUUAAUCGACAAGGAGCCAUUGAGGUGAUUGUAAACAUUGUCAAUAAGCUACAGUUCCAAAUAGUUCCAUAUGUGGUGCUACUUGUGGUGCCACUUCUGGGCAGAAUGAGUGAUCCUGAUCAGUCUGUGAGACUUAUUUCCACACACUGUUUUGCCACACUUAUACAAUUAAUGCCUCUGGAUGGAUCAACACCAGAUCUUCCCACGCUCACGGAUGAAUUAAGGGAGAGGAAGAUGCGUGAUAAGGAAUUCCUUGAAUAUCUUUUCACGCCAAAAACAAUUCCAGACUACAGAGUGCCGACUGAGGUGAAGGCUGAAUUGCGAAGUUACCAACAGGCGGGUGUGAAUUGGUUGUGGUUUCUCAAUAAGUACAAACUCCAUGGGAUUCUCUGUGAUGAUAUGGGUUUGGGUAAAACAUUGCAGACCAUUUGCAUACUGGCUGGUGAUCACAAACAGCGAGCCAUUGACAAACUACCGUCAAUUCCCUCCAUCGUAAUCUGUCCACCAACACUCACGGGACAUUGGGUAUAUGAGUUUAACAAAUUUUUGCCACAACGCAUCCUCAAGCCGCUGCAUUAUGUCGGAUUGCCCGUGGAUCGUGAGAGAUUACGACUGAAGAUGGCUAGUCAUAACCUCGUGGUGGCAUCCUAUGAUAUUGUGCGGAAGGACAUUGACUUCUUUGGCAAGAUCAACUGGAACUACUGUGUUCUCGAUGAAGGGCAUGUGAUUAAGAAUGGCAAGACAAAGUGCUCCAAGGCGAUCAAGCAACUAGUUGCUAAUCACAGGCUGAUCCUGUCGGGAACACCAAUUCAGAACAAUGUCCUUGAGUUAUGGUCUCUCUUUGACUUUCUCAUGCCGGGAUUUUUGGGUACGGAAAAGCAAUUUGUGGCACGCUUUUCGCGUCCCAUCCUGGCAAGUCGUGAUGCCAAGAGUUCACCGAAAGAGCAGGAGGCAGGCGCUUUGGCGAUGGAGGCUCUUCAUCGGCAGGUGUUGCCCUUCCUCUUGCGACGUGUAAAGGAGGAUGUACUCACGGAUCUGCCACCAAAGAUUACACAAGAUUUGCUGUGCGAAUUGAGUCCGCUGCAGGAGAGAUUGUAUGAGGACUUCAGCAAGACACAUUUCAAUACUGAGCUGCAGGACUGCAUAGAUGGGAUGGGAAGUGAGGUGGCACAGAAGCGUCCACAUGUCUUCCAAGCACUACGCUAUCUACAAAAUGUCUGCAAUCAUCCCAAGUUGGUGCUCAACGCUAAUCAUCCGGAGUUUGUAAAGAUUCAAGCGGAACUCGCGAGGAGUAAUGGAAGUCUCAGUGAUAUUGAGCAUUCAGCCAAACUGCCAGCUUUGAAGCAACUACUCAUCGAUUGUGGCAUUGGGAAUUGGGAUGUGUCCAUUAAUCAACAUAGAGCUCUGAUCUUUUGUCAAUCAAAAGCGAUGCUGGACAUUGUGGAGCACGAUUUGCUGAAGAAGCAUCUUCAGGCUGUGUCGUAUUUGCGACUGGAUGGAAGUGUUCCGGCUGGUAAUCGUCAUGAAAUUGUGACGAAAUUCAACAGUGAUCCAAGUAUUGAUGUACUUCUACUGACAACCCUCGUGGGUGGAUUGGGACUUAAUCUGACUGGAGCUGAUACGGUGAUUUUCGUGGAGCACGAUUGGAAUCCAAUGAAAGAUCUUCAGGCGAUGGAUCGUGCACACAGAAUUGGACAGCGCAAGGUGGUGAAUGUCUAUCGCUUGAUCACGCGCAAGAGUCUGGAGGAGAAGAUUAUGUGUCUGCAGAAGUUUAAGCUACUCACGGCCAAUACUGUGGUGAGCAAUGAGAAUGCCAGCAUGGAGACAAUGGGCACUGAUCAGUUGCUGGAUCUAUUUAAAUUGACUGAUCAGAAGGCUUCACCAGUAGAGAGAAAGGGCCCAAAUGAUCGUGUGUCGAUGAAGACGGUCCUUGAGACGCUUCCUGAAUUGUGGGAGGAUCGUGAGUACGAAGAGGAGUACGAUUUGACACAGUUUCUUGAUAAGCUGAAGAAGUAGUGUUGUGAAAAUUUUACUGAUAUGUACUUCCAUUAAUCGAGCAAAUUUUGUGUUUCGUAGUUUUGCGUGGCGAUCCCGAAUUAAAAUUCUUAAUUACUACUUCAAUCAAUUUCUGUAAUCUUUGAAUUUUAGUCACUCUGUUAUUUCAUUAUUGGAUAUCUUUCAUUUUUUUUUUAUUCUUCAAAGACAAUUAUAAAUGUGUGAAACGUAUUUGAAACAUUUAUGGAUGUUUCAUGAGAUUAUUUUCUUUUGAUUGAUUUUAUUCUCAUAUUUGUUCUCAAAAUUGAAUGCACAAGUUCUGAUAAGGAAAUUGAGUGAAGUAGUGAAAGUAGCUUGAUGAAUAAAUUUUCUAGAACUGUAAGUCGAUUUUAUUAGUCAUUAUGAAUCGCAUCAAUGUGUCUCUUUGUGAAUGAAAAAAAAAAUACAUAAUAGC